UGGCACCGCCCGCCUCCCUCCUUCCCCGGUCCCUCCUUCCCCGCUCCCUCCCGCACAAGAUGGCCGCUGCCUUGGGGAGGCUCCUGCGGAGCGCGGUGCCCGCCGCCGGGAGGAGGCUGCAGGGCCGGCCCCAGCUCCUCGCCCACCGCCAGCUCAGCCUGGGCGCCUCCCGGUUGGCCCCAGCGGUCACACAGCACGCCCCGUUCUUCAAAGGCACGGCCGUGGUCCACGGGGAGUUCAAGGAGCUGAGCCUGGAUGACUUCAAGGGGAAAUACCUGGUUCUUUUCUUCUAUCCGCUGGAUUUCACUUUUGUAUGCCCUACAGAAAUUGUGGCUUUCAGCAAUAAAGCAAAUGAAUUCCGUGAUGUGAACUGUGAAGUGGUGGCGGUUUCUGUGGACUCCCAUUUUUGCCAUCUGGCCUGGAUAAAUACACCACGAAAGAGUGGCGGUUUGGGCAAAAUGAAUAUUCCAGUUCUGUCAGACCUCACAAAACAAAUCUCCCGUGAUUAUGGUGUGUUGCUAGAGGGACCUGGCAUAGCACUGAGAGGUCUCUUCAUCAUUGAUCCAAAUGGGGUCAUCAAGCAUCUAAGUGUCAAUGAUCUCCCUGUCGGCCGUAGUGUGGAAGAGACCCUUCGCUUGGUGAAAGCAUUCCAGUACGUGGAGACGCAUGGAGAGGUUUGCCCAGCAAACUGGACUCCAGAUUCCCCUACAAUCAAGCCCAGCCCAGAAGGUUCUAAAGAGUAUUUUGAAAAGGUUCAUAAAUAAACACUCAAAUAUGCAGACAAAACUCAAUGUCUUCAGCAUAGGGUAAUGAAGAAAGCAGCUGUGAUUGUAGAAAAAAUAAGUUCUCAUUUUCUCAUGUUAAGAAAAAAAAAUAAACACUGAAAUAUUUACAGACUCAGUUGUCUUGUUUUAAAAAGAAGGGUAAAAACUAAAGAUUUUUUUCCCCCUUUGCAAUUUAAGUUUUACAAAUUUCUGUAACCAGCAGUGUUGCUGAAUGUGACAGGUAGAAGAAAUACAGUUGCGUUCCACAGUGUGCUUGUGAUUGUGGUGACUUCCACCCCUGAUCCCUCUCUGAUUCUCCUCUUUCCUUAACUAGCUUUGGACCAGAAAGCUCCCCAGUUACCUUUUCUUGUGGAAAAAAAGGCAUUUCUGUAGCAGAAGUUUGAAAACACACGUGGACAAUACAGAAAACAGAGUUUUCAUGCAGAGGUUAUUUUUAAUGGUAUUUUUCAGGGGAAGAGAUGAAUGUAAUAUGCAAAAAUUAAAGUUUGUUUGUACAAAUGCACUAUAACUUGAAUGUAAUUAUGUGCCAUUUCAAUCCUGCCUAUGGUCAAAGAUACAGCGUAGCUACACAGGAGCGCUAACAAGCAUCAAGAACUUUAAUUUGGAUUAGGAUAUGGUUAAAAACUCAAACCCUAAUACUGCACUUACUGGAGCUUAAUGACAGUCUUGCUUCACUUAAAGCCAUGUUUAUCUGCGUGAAUCUGCCUCUGGGAAAACUUAAAUGUCAAUUAUUGUGCUGCUUGAAAACAAUGUAUCAUAUCUCCAGCUGUGGCAUCAUCAAUAAAUCUUAAGAUUGACUGGCA